AUGGCUACCAUUAGAGUUGGCCUGACUCUCGUGCUUUCGAUAGUAACAUUCCUCCUGCUCGUUCUUACCUCUCGAGGCACUGCAGCCGAGGAUUUCCAAACGUGGUGUAAAAAGACAACCCACAACGCCAAGUGUAUUGAUGUGAUCUCAGCCGAUCCUCGAAGCGAUUUGAAGACUAGUCCCAGCGGCUUUUGCACCAUAGUCAACGAUGAGGCCAAAGCAAUUGCUGCUAGGACCACAUCAAAAAUCUCAAGUCUUCUAAGAACCACCACAGAUCCUCUUCUUAAAAGUGCUCUCCAAGAAUGUUCAGAGAAAUAUGAUAGUGUCAACUUUAGAUUGGACCAAGAUUUUUCAGUGCUAAAUCAUGAAACGUAUCCAACACUUGCCAUAGCACUCACAGAAGCUUAUGGUCAAGCUCAAGAAUGUGAAGAUUUGUUGAAUGACCCAAAGCCACUUGAACCUUCAUUAACGCCAGAAAUCCAAACUGCUAGUGACAUAGUUGAGACUACCUUGCAGAUUCUAAAUUUUAAUGAGUGUAACAAGAUUGAUUCUUGUAUUGGAUAG